CAAUCACAAGUUAGGACCUUAUUAUUUACAAUGCAAAGAUUUUUUUGGGAAAUAUUGCUUAUACGUUUUGACAUGAUACAACAAUCAUUCUUGAAAGAAUGAUACGGCUUAUUGUGGAGAUAAUUUCUGUUGGACCAAACAGAUAUCUUAGAAUUCCAAACUUUUAAAAGUUACCGAAAAGGAUUAUAAACAGUUCAUGUUUAAAAUGAAUGUACAUGUAUUGCUAUGUUUUGUUCUCAUUUUGGGUACAAGAGAUGCCGCUGAAUUUGAAGAAAAAUGUGAAAUUGUAAAUUUACCCUUAUUACCACUGUCGUUAAGAGAACAAAUUUUGGAAAACUAUGUAUAUGAAACCAAUAUUCAAGCUGACAAUGCUUUUUGUUUAAUAAGAUGUCUCAAACAAAGAAAAUGUAAAUCUGUCAACUACAACACAGAUACGUCUCAUUGUCAACUAAACAGUGAGGACCACAAAACACAAUUAGCUUCACUGACAUCGGCACCAGAUUACACGCAGUAUUAUACCAUUGAUGACCUUGACGAGAGUCUAUUGGGUCGUUGUUCUGGACAUACAUGUGCAGAUGAUCUUAUGUGUGAACCAAAUCCGUACGGACUUAGCGAUCCUUAUCAAUGUGUUGUUUCCUCAGUGUGUGUACCAAAUGAUGGAUGUACCAACUGCAUGCAAUCAAAAUUUACCCUGGCUACUUUCGACUAUCAACCAGUUGGAUGCUUCGGUGCUGGGGGGAAUCCAAAUCCUCUACCAACAUUGUUGUCAAAUCUUAGGACUAGUAUAGUUUGGGACAAUAUACAACUAACUAUUGAUGCAUGCGCAAAUCUUGCUCAUAACGCAAGCUACAAAUAUUUCGGAAUAGAAUUCUGGGGAGAGUGUUGGGUAUCCGCGUCAUUUAAUCCAAGCGGUUUUUCAUUGAUUCCAGGACAGAACUGUGAAACUAAAUGUCCUCAAGGAGUAGCUGAUGAAAACAAAAUGUUCAUUUACAAAAUAGUUUAAUAUAAAUAUGUACGAAUAUGAAAACAACUUCUCGUUCAUAUCAUAGUUCAAAAAAUCACGUUACAAAACUAAGGCACUUAAGACUAAACAGAAAUAUAGCAGUGAUCCUUUCAGAUUAUUGAAGAGAGUAUGUAUAUUGAAACUUUUUCGCAAUCGCACCGAACUUUCAAAUGUCCUAAUGCUAUUUCUAUGGAAGUUUGUUUUGCCUGCUCACCUACACUUUUUAUACGGUUACAUGUUUCAUCUUAACUUUAAAUUAUCGAACAGACUUCAUUAUCAAUUUUAUUGGACAUCAUUGUAUCUGUUUUAGGUUGCACUUUGUAGAUACUUCUGUUUCACAAGCCACGCCUCUUUUGGGAAGAUAUAUAUUAUUCAUUGAUAUUUUGUUUUGUUAACGUACUGGUUCCCAGAUAUGAUCUCUAUGUUUCAUCUCAUAGAGAAAUAACUUGGGAAUGUUACCAGUGUAAAAACACAUGGUAACGGCGAAAAUUGAAUUCUGAGGAAGACUCAAAGUGAAGGUAGGGGUAGUACAGAAUUUUAGUAUAAGUCUUAACUCUUAGAAGUUCGGGGCAUAUAAAUGUUGAAAAUAUGCCGCACAGCCCUAUGUUUUGACCUUUGAAUAAAAAAGUAGUGCAUAUCAACUUUCCGUUCUAGGAUGUAAUUUUUCACGAAACUUCAUAGUAUAAGUGGCACAGCUUUAGCCGCAAAGGGAGUUCCUAUGGGAAAUUGCAUUGUCUAUAUUUACAGAAGUGCAACCUUUAUGCAUUUGAGGUUAGUGCCUCUAAACCUACGAACAGAAAUUACUAGUCUGUCUUGUUGAAAGUUAUCCUCACUUUUUAUAAGCUCUGCUCAUAUGACUGCAUGUCAUCUUGAAGAAUCGUUUUCUGCCCAUCGUUUGUAAAAUCCUAUUUUUAGGUUUCAACGGAAUUCAUAGAGAAUCAUGUUAUCUUUAUGUAAAGGUAGUGUGAUUUGAAAAAAAAAACAGUAAGCAAGGAUCCUAAAGUUGGAAGACGUAAUUGCUAAAUUGAAAGUUUGUUAGCAAUAAUCGUUUAAAGGAUUGAUAUAAAAUCAGCCUGUUCAUUAACGAUGGAUUCUUUCAAGCACCAACAAUCCUUAUAUUGGUCGCUGAAAUGGUAAACAAUUAUUCACUUUGUACAGGUUUUUGUUUGGAAUUUAAACUAGUUCAAAGACCUACCUACAACUAUUGCAGUUUUCUACCUCCCUUCUUUAUUUCCAUAAUGUGUUGCUGUAAUUAAACAUGUCAACAAAACAUAUAUAAUACUAUUUAAUUAAUAUUGAAAAUAUCGCUUUUAUGUUUUUUUUAUAUAUAUAAAUAAGUAGAUUUAUGCUCAUUUUAAUGUUUAUCAUUUACUGUACAUGAAAGAUCAACAAAAACAUUUAUAAGCGUUGUGUGUCUGAAAUGCUUAUAUAUUAGAGGAAACUAGUGAUUUAUAUUCAAUAAUUUGUCAAGAGAAAUUAAUUCAAGAAAUGGUAACCUUCAAUACAAUGCAACAGUGUGCCUGUAAAAAGACGUUUGUAUACUGUCAAUUGGUAGCGAGAUUGAGACAAUUUGUAAAUUGUAUGUUUGGAGUAUAAAUGUGUAGAUGUUCGAA